UAGCCGUUGCGUGGCCGUCGCCUACGCACCCCAGCCACCCCCCCGACCAAACGGCUACUUCUUCCCCCCCAUAGAAACCCUUGUUCUUGAUCUUGAUCUUGUUUCUCCCUCCUCCUCCUCCUCCUCUAAACCCCCUUGAGAUGGAGAACUAAUCUUGUAUCCUCCUCUCCCACUUCUUUCUGCCAACAAAAUGAUAGCGGAAUCCGAUCUCCAUUUCUCCGACAUUCCUCUUCCUCCCCCCUCCGGGUCAGAUGCCGAGGGGAAGCACCGCAGCCUCCCCCCUCCUACUCCGGUGCCAUCGGCGACGCAACCACCAGUCCCCACCCCUCUGGCCACUGAUCGGAAGUCCCGCCGCCCCCGCGCGAGGCAGAUCAGCUCUCGCUACCUGUCCCCUUCCUCUUCCCCUUACCCUUCCUCUUCCUCCUCCGUCUAUUCUUCUGAAACCCUACGCUUCGCCGCCUCUCCAAGAAAUGGGUUCGCCGCUCCCUCCUCCGUCGCAAUCCUUUCCAAGAAGCACCAGCAGCAGAAACCCCACUGGCGCCACCCGUCUUCUCCCGGGCCCGAACUCGAGGAGGCCGACGAGAACCAGCCCCUGGCAUCCGUCAGGCGGAGCUCGGAGACCCCCCUCCCCUUCUCCGCCCACGGCAAGCCUAUCGGCACCAUCAAGAAGCGGGCCGUCGUCCGAUUGUUCACCGACAACCACAGCGACGCUGCAGAGCAGCCGCCGAGGUUGGAUGAUCCUGGGCCGAGGCCAAGACCGGGAACCCCGGUGGCUCACCACCGUGUCCUGGAUAGCACCCCCGUUCUGAGGACGAACACUCGACCCCCUACACCCUCCCGGGUGAACCUCUUCCCUUCCGAUGGCUACCGCUGGGCUCAUGGAAGCGGCGACUGCGGGUUGGAUGAAACCACCUCGGAGAAUUCCUUUUCCGACACGGAGACUUGCAGCGUUAGCAGUCAGGGUGGCCUCUGCGACAGCCCGCCCCUCCUCCCUCCUGCGUCUUGCAGAUCGAGGCUGGCCACGGACGUCCGGUCGUCCAUGCCGGAGGCGGACCUGCUGCCCACCAUGUCGGCCAGACGCCAAGACGGGGCCGAGGUCUCUUCUUGUAGAUCAUCUACCAGCUCGCUUUUCUUGCGCUCGGCUUUCUCCGGCCGCCAACAGCAGCACCCCUUCAAUUUGAGCAAGUCCGUCAAUAGGCCUCUCUUCUCGUCGAAGCCACCACAACCUCCGAGUGCUAAACCAGCCGCCGAGGUGAAGAAGGUGAACAAGGCACUGGGCCGACAGGAGGACGCCCAUGUGCUUAGGCUUCUCGACAACUGCUAUGUGCAGUGGAGAUUUCUCAAUGCGAAAGCUCGGGGGACGGUGGAAGCUCGGGGAGUUGCGGCUCAGAAAUCACUGUGUGGGCUUUCCGGGAGGAUUGCAGAGCUUCAAAGCUCUGUUAUGGAGAAGAGGAUCCAGCUUGAACAGCUCAAAAGAAGAGAGAGGUUAUUGUCCAUCAUCCAUCAUCAAAUGCCACAUUUGGACGAGUGGACCGUUCUUGAAGAUGAUUAUUCAAGCUCUCUUUUAGGGGCAACAAAGGCUUUGCAGGAUGCUUCACUUCGACUCCCGAUUGCGGGGAAUGUGAGGGUAGAUACUCGUGAACUUAGGGAAGUUAUGGACUCUGCAUUACUUAUGCUGGAAUUACUGUCUCCGUGUGUGGCGAGAUUUCUAUCAAAGGCUGAAGAUGUCGAUCAUGUAGCUUCGGGCCUGGCAAGUGUGAUCAGUACUCAAAGGGUUUUGGUUGACGAAUGUGGAAAUCUUUUAUCAGAGGCACAUGUGUUGCAGGUGAAGGAAUGCAGCUUAAGAACCCAGCUUAUUCAGGUUAAACACAGGCGCAUACAGUAGUCGAUCGUUUGCAACGACACUCACUCCGAGUUUGCCAUUUGAAACAAUUACUAUUCUUCUUUUGAAAUCACCAGAAGAAGUUUGCGUUCAAUCGAUUAAGGAGAGGCUGAGAGGUUAAGCUCUC